ACAACCACAAAACUUUUUUCUUUCAUUCUCUAAAAAUGUGUCCGGUGGAGAACAAAUGGGUUAAGGUGGGUCAAAAAGGAGCUGGUCCUGGGGCUAGAAGCUCACAUGCCAUGACCGUCGUUGGUAACAAAGUUUACUGUUUUGGCGGUGAGCUUAAGCCAACGAUCCAUAUUGAUAACGAUCUUUACGUUUUCGAUCUUGAGACUCAAGAAUGGUCGAUCGCUCCUGCAACCGGAGAUGCUCCUUUCCCCUGUUUUGGUGUCUCGAUGGUCACGAUCGGUUCAACGAUCUAUGUAUACGGUGGCCGUGAUGAUAAACGGAGGUACAAUGGUCUUUAUUCGUUUGAAACUGAGACUAAUGAGUGGAAAUUGUUGUCUCCGGUUGAGGAAGGUCUUCCGGGUCGUAGCUAUCAUUCAAUGGCUGGUGAUGAUCGGAAAGUUUACGUCUUUGGUGGUGUUACUGCUAAAGGACGUGUGAAUACACUUCAUGCGUAUGAUGUUGUUGAUCGGAAAUGGGUUGAGUAUCCGGCGGCUGGGGAAGCUUGUAAAGGCAGAGGAGCACCGGGACUUGUGGUUGUGGAAGGGAGAAUUUGGGUUUUGUUUGGGUUUGAUGGUAAUGAAUUGGGUGAUAUUCAUUGUUUUGAUUUGGCUAGUGAGCAAUGGAAAGCUGUGGAGACUAAGGGAGAUGUACCGCCGGCGAGAAGCGUGUUUCCGGCGGUUUCGUAUGGGAAGUACAUUGUUAUUUAUGGUGGGGAGGAAGAGCCACAUGAGUUGAUGCAUAUGGGAGCUGGGAAAUUGACUGGAGAGGUUUACAAGCUUGAUACAGAGACAUUAGUGUGGGAAAAGAUUGUGGAUGUGAACGAGGAGGAGAAGCCGAGUCCACGCGGGUGGUGUGCGUUUGCGGCUGCGGUUAAGGAUGGUGAGGAAGGUUUGUUGGUUCAUGGUGGUAAUAGUCCGACCAACGAGAGGCUUGAUGAUUUGGUGUUUUGGGGUUUCUCUCGUCUUAAUGUCAAUUAAUGAGUUACUUUGUGUCUUUCGUUUGUAAACAGCUUAGUGUGUGUGUUGCUUUAAGGAGUUUAUGUGGUGAUGAUAUGUAACUGCUAAGUGUCUUGAGUUAAAGGAGCUAUGUGGUGACAAUUUGUUACCUAUUCCAAAUAUUUUAUCAAGUUUAGUGUUUUGGUAAUUUAAUAAAAAUCUUGUUAGUCU